CCCGCCCCGGCUCCGCGGGCGGAGCGGAAGCGCGCGCGGCGGGCGGAGUCCUGGGCGGGACUUCCGGCCGCGCACCGGCGGCUUCCGGCCGAGCGAGGGCGGGCCGGCCGGCCUGCGGGACAUGAAGCCCCUGGACCCCCACCAUGCGGGUGCUGCUCAGCGCGCUCUGGGUGACUCUGGCUUGCAGCUCCGUGCACACGACCCUGUCCAAGUCGGACGCCAAGAAGGCCGCGGCCAAGACGCUGCAUGAGAAGACGCAGCUCUCGGAGAAGCCCGCGCAGGAGCGGGGCCUGGUGGUGACGGAGCUGCGAGCCGAGGACGUGGUGCGGGAGCAUCGCAGCUACUGCUCGGCCCGCGCCCGCGAGCGGCACUUCCGCGGCGACGUGCUGGGCUACGUGACCCCCUGGAACAGCCACGGCUACGAUGUCGCCAAGAUCUUCGGGGCCAAGUUCACCCAGAUCUCGCCCGUGUGGCUGCAGCUGAAGAGGCGCGGCCGCGAGCUGUUUGAGGUCACAGGCCUGCACGACGUGGACCAAGGGUGGAUGCGGGCCGUGAAGAAGCAGUCCAGGGGCCUCCGCAUCGUGCCUCGGCUCCUCUUUGAGGACUGGACCCCCGAGGAUUUCCGGAACGUCCUGGACAGUGAGGAUGAGAUCGAAGAGCUGGGCAAGACCAUGGUCCAGCUGGCCAAGGCUCAGCACUUCGAUGGCUUUGUGCUGGAGGUCUGGAGCCAGCUGCUGGGCCAGAAGCAUGUGGGCCUCGUCCACCUGCUCACGCACCUGGCCGAGACGCUGCACCAGGCCCGCCUGCUGCUCAUCCUGGUCAUCCCGCCAGCCAUCUCCCCCGGGAGUGACCAACCUGGCAUGUUCACGCACAAGCUGUUCGAGCAGCUGGCGCCAGUGCUGGAUGGCUUCAGCCUCAUGACCUACGACUACCCGCGGGCACAGCAGCUUGGCCCCAACGCACCGCUGGCCUGGGUGCGAGCCUGCGUGCAGGUCCUGGACCCCAAGGCCCAGUGGCGGAGCAAGAUCCUGCUGGGGCUUAACCUCUAUGGCAUGGACUACGCCACCUCCAGGGACGCCCGCGAGCCCGUCCUGGGGACCAGGUACAUCGAGACGCUGAAGGAGCACCGGCCCCGGCUGGUGUGGGACGCGCAGGCCGCCGAGCACUUCUUCGAGUACAAGCGGAGCCGCGGAGGGAGACACAUGGUCUUCUACCCGACGCUGAAGUCCGUGCAGGUGCGGCUGGAGCUGGCCCUGGAGCUGGGCGUCGGGGUGUCCAUGUGGGAACUGGGCCAGGGCCUGGACUACUUCUACGACCUGCUCUAGCGGGCUCUGGAGCGGAUUGACCAAUACAGGCUUGUUUGCUGGA